AUGAAAAUCAUUGAGCCUAAAGGCUUAGAAGAUGGAAGAGUAUAUUUACUUCUAUUAUUAGAUUACGAGUCUCUAUUUUCUAAAAUUCGAGUUCAUAGAAAAGAUUUGCUUUCUAUUCAACCUUCUGGGUAUAAUAUUGGCAGCAAUUUAAUAUGAAUUAGAAUUUGAAGAAUAUGAUUCUGAUGAUCCAUAUAGAGAUGUAUAUAAAUUAUGUAAAUUAGAUUUCAUAAUGGCUAUUGUGGAUGAUAUUUGGUUCAACUAUUCUUUUGAUAUAUUUUACAUUUUAUCGUUAUUAGGCUAAAAUCUAAUGGUUAAAAUCAAGAGGUGUAAUUGGACAAAGAGAUAAAUUCUAUGAGAUCAAUGAAAACUUUUAUAUGAUGAUUGAGAUUAUGGUAUAUUGUCUAAUACCUUUAUCAUUCACUGAAACAAUUAGAAUUUCCUUUUAUAAUGUAGCUCAAGGAGCAGAAGCCUAUUACCAUAUAAAUGAAAUGCUAACACUUUUAAUGGUCAUAAGAGUAAUCUAUCUUUAUAGGACUGUCUUGACUUUGACUUUUUGGUCAAGUAAUCAAACACUAAGAGUUUGUGAUCUUUUUUCUUGCGAACAUAACUAUUUGUUUGUUAUAAAAUCACUUUUAAAAACAUCUCCAUACUUAACCUAAUUUUUAAUGUUAUUAUCACUAAUUUUUGUGUUUGGCUAUUAGUUAAGAAUUUGUGAAAGACCAUUAACAAGGGUUAAUGAUAUAAUUGAUAAUUUAGGAGUAUAUUAUAAUAGUGUUUGGUGUAUCAUAAUAACAAUAACAUUUGUUGGUUAUGGAGAUUAUUAUCCUAGAACAGAUUUAGGCAGAUUUGUAGUUAUAAUAGUAUGUAUAGUUGGAAUAUUUUUAUUAUCAGUUAUGAUUGUGACUUUUAUUGAAUCUUUAAAAGCUACUCCAAUUGAAAAUUAAACUAUGUCUCUUUUGGAAAGAAUUCGUUUAAGAUAAAUGGUCAAAAACGAAGCAGCUUAAGUAAUUAAAUUAAGUAUGUAACAAGCAUACAGAUGGAGGUAAAUUUAUUAAGUAUUUAGAAAUGGUACUUUGACAGAAAAAAAAUAGCACUAAAUAGAAAUAGAAUUAAGAUUAGCUUUGCAUAAUUUCAGAUUUGCUCUUUAACAAUAAAGCAAAUUUGGAAUGGAUAAUCAGAGUGAAAAUAUUAUAAACCAUAUCGGAUUUUUAGGGUUGGAUCUUAAGUAAUUAAGAAAUGAAUAAAAUUGGGAUGCAAGAUAAUUAAUGGAAAAAUUAGAAAAACAAGAACAAAUUUCAAAAUAAUUAAUAGAAAAAAUGAAUUUGAUACUAUUAUAAAAGCAAUGA